AUGUGGCAUCCAGGUGUGGGAAUCCCCACCGCCAAACAGGAUGGCGAGCGGAUCCGCCCUCCUCGCUGGAAGACGCCUACUCCACCGAACACCACCGACUCGGUCGAUGGGAUUCAAUUCAUCCAGACCAUUAGAUGCAACCACAGCCGCUUGUGUCAUCUUCUCGACCUCUCUUCGAGCCUCUUCUCUGAGAUCCUGCUCGUGAAGGCUCUCACCACCUUUGCGACGGCUCUCUUCACCGCCUUCAUCGUCUUAGCUCCCGUCUUGAUAAAGUCUGCGACGAAGUUUCCUUACAUCUGCUACAUUCCUGGGUUCAUCAUAACCACGGUGAAACUUCUGUCAACCUGCAUCGUCUGCCGAAGCGUGAAGCACAAUAUGGAAAUGUUUGAGAAGGAGAUUUCCCGGAGUUGGAGACCUGUGACUGCCUGCGGCCUUUUCGAGGUCGAUCUCCCGCUUCUGUCAGCUACGGUGGUGAACCUGUCCACCUUCUUCGUCACGCUGCUCCAGUUCCACCUCUCCUUAGAACCUUAAUUCUGAGACACAGGGCCACAUUAAUGAUUCGUUAGUGCGCGGAGUGUUACAACCAGAAAAUUUAGUGCAUCAAUUUGAGGCAUUUUUGUUGUGAGAAAACUGUCCUCGUGGGAUGCG